AUGUAUCAGAUGCUCUUUGGCCGGCUGCCCUUUGUCGAAAGCGGCCGCAAAAUCAAGAAAGGCAUUGAAGAGGAUCAAGACAAGUUUCCAAAAAGCACCAAGAAGACUGAGAAGGACAUUGUCAAGAGAGAGAAGAGCAGCAAGCUUCGCUUCCCCCGGGAUACCCAUGUCUCCGAUGAAGUCAAGUCUUUGAUUCACUCUCUGCUGCAUCCCAAGAGCAAAAAGCGCCCUUCUGCAGCAAAAGUCAUUUGCCAUCGGUGGUUUCGACGAGACGAUGCCAGCAUGGACGAAGAUGGGGAAAGUGACGCUGGCACCUCCAAUCAAGUUCCGGAAUCGGUUACAGAGCCUGAACAGGAUCACAAGGCAGACCCGCACCGUAAAAGGCGUUCUACUGCUUCCAAAGUGCUCCGCCACAAGUGGUUUCGUCGAGAUCAUGGCAAGAGAGAAAGUGACAGCAAGAAAGAUCAUCACAAUCGUGCAAGACGGGCUUCUGCUGGGGAUAUGGAUGCACCGGCAGACCCCAUGGCCAAGCUGGACAACAUGAUCCGGCUGUCAAACCUUCGCAAGUACAACCCCAACUCUCAGCUCAAGCAAGCUGUUUUGUCUCUCAUGGUGUCGGACAUGCUCACCAACAGGCGCGCCAGAUUAGACCUACCUUUCAACCAGCCUGGAUAUCUUGCACCAAAGGCAGGUUACGAACCCUCUGAAAUCAGAGAGGUCGAACUGGCCUAA